UCCCGCACACACACGCACGCACGCACGCACGCAGACACGCGCGUAAACAGCGCCAGAUGCUCUCUGCAAACAGUCCUCCUGCCGCGUCCAGCGCGUCUUUUCUUCUCCACUGACRCACAAGAAGAAAAAAAAAAGUCAUUUUUGGAUGCCCAGCUACGGAUUUUUAAUUUUAUUUUAUUUUUGUAAAGUUUUGUUUUAUGAAGUUCUCCAAAGUGCUUGUUUUUAGGAUUUACCUCGCGCUCUUGAGUUUCAGUCUGGUGACAGAUGGGUGAGUGAAGUGCUUCAGUUGCGCACCGAACCGACACCGGCUGGAUCCGAACACUCGUGUGAUGCGCAAAAUGAACAAUUUAGCCAAAUAAUUUCUGUCUCCGGACCGAAGAUUUCAAGUGACUAAUCUCCCUGUAGAGAUUUUCUUUCCUCCCUGUGGGUGAAGAUGUGUCGGGCUGUGUUUGCUGCAGCAGCACUGCUGCCUCUCCUGGCGCUCACACUUCAGGUGUCUGGGGCCCAGUCCUGUCCCAGGAGCUGUAACUGCUACCAGGCCAAUGAAGUCCACUGUACCUUCCGUUCACUCAUCACUAUCCCCGCGGGCCUGCCUGCGCACACACGCCGCAUAAACUUAGGGUUCAACAGCAUCAAACUACUCCAUGACAAAUCACUGGCYGGACUAAAGAGGGCGGAGCUCCUGAUGCUCCACAGCAACGAUCUCCAUCACCUUCCAGAUGCAGCGUUCAGAGAUAUGACAGCACUUCAGAUUCUAAAGUUAAGCUAUAACAAGCUGAGAGAGAUCUCUUCMUCUCUGACCUUCUCUGGCCUGACAUCGCUGCUGCGCCUUUACUUGGAUCACAACCUCCUCCAGCACAUCCACCCCAGGGCUCUGCUCCAGCUGCCUAGCCUCAGGCUGCUCCGUCUGCAGGGGAACAGGCUGCAUCAGCUGCACCCUCAUGCCUUGUGCACCCUGUCCCUCCUCAAUACGUAUUACUUUUCUACACUGAGACACUUAGAUUUGUCCAACAACAGUCUAACCACUUUGCACAAAGAAAGUGUAGCAACAGCGCCUCUGCUGGAGAGUCUCAUCCUGCAGGCUAAUCCCUGGAGCUGUGACUGUAGGAUGAACUGGCUUCUCAGCUGGAGUCUGGCUCACCCAGGCUUAAUGAAAUGUCCCAGUGGUCCUCAGUGUCCAGUCUGUGCAUCCCCCAUUUCACUUCAAGGUCAAGGCCUGCUUGACCAGACAGCACUAAUCUGUUCUUCGCCAAUCAUCCGCUCACCAGGAAAAGAUACACCUUUGGACACUGACCUCAGUGAAAUCCAAUCUAGUGAAGCCUUCAAAGAGCCUUUAGGCAGUGUCUCACUGGGUCUAUCUGACCAGCAAGGGAACAGCAUUGAUCUGACUUGCAAUAUUACUCACUCUACUGACUCGCAGGAUAUUGCUCCUCCACCAGAUCUAUCAUGGACCUCCUCUUCACCUCUUCACCUUGCUGUAUCUCUCUCUCUGGAGUGCCCUACUGGGGAACUGAGCUAUGAAAAACUUUGGAGGAUUCUGGCCUACUACAGUGAGACUGCAGCUAAACUUGAGAGGGAGAUCAUGCUCAGCAAAGCCCCGGCUUUAGCCUACCGCUAUAAGCAGGCACCAGAGGCAGGUGGAUAUUUUCACACUGGACUCAAAGCAUCUGUUAAAGCCAUACCGCAGUGGUUACUGCAGCCAGCAAUUAGCAUUCAGCUGAACAGAGCACAGUCUAGUGGACACAAAGUUCAGCUUACAUACUCAACAAGAGUUUCUCCUCAUCCAGAUCCCCCUUCUCAACUCUCUACAUCUCUUGUUUCCCACCAAUGGGUGAUGAUUUCAACUACUACCACAGCAUUAGCUGCAGUAGCAGGCAAAAAGAUGGAGCUACCCUGCCCUUUUCUCAGUUCUGGUAGGCACAAUGUUUCAUGGAUUCUCCCAGGUGGCUCUAAACUCAACUCUCCCUUCAGCAGUUUAGACAGAAGACUCCAGGUUUCAGCCUCAAAUUUACUUAUAAAAAGAGUACAGCUCUCCGAUGCUGGGAUUUAUUACUGUGUUGUCAAAGCUGGAAGGGAUGUGGAUAGUCUUUCUUUACGGUUGGUGGUGGAAGAGUCUUCAGCUCCGUAUUCAGCAGAAUUAAGUGGACCUUCUGUUACUGGAGCAGUUGGGGAACCUGUCAGUCUAUCCUGCAGAAUAUCUGGCUCACCAGAACCCUCUAGGAGUUGGGUUUUGCCAGAUGGAAAUGUGGUACAGCAAGGAUUGGCUGUAUCAAGUGGACUCACAAUACAUUCAAAUGGUAGUCUCUCAUUACAUAAACCAUCUCUGAGAGAUACAGGAUAUUACCGCUGCAUUGCGGUCAACCAGUACGGCAGUGAUUCUCUGGCCAUGCAGCUAAUACUAAAUUCACAACAUAUCUCGCCACUUGAGACUUCAUUUCCAAGAGGACCGCAGUCAGCCUCUGGCAGGUCAACCAAGAUACGAGCCUCCUUAUUCCACCAGGUUAAUGAAGGGUCAGGGGAUGAAGAGGAACAAGAGAAAACUCCUACUGGCAAUAGGAGACAGACAAUAUUGCGCCCGAACCGACGACAUCCAUCUGGAAAGCUUCAGAGAUUUGGCCGAGUGAGAGAAGAUCCCCCGAGAAGGGUUGGAGGGCCCAAUUUACCCACUGAGGAGAGGAGAAGCCCCCAUCAGAACAGACAUAGAAUUACUACAAACAAACUUAGAAUGGACCCAAAGUCAUGGGCUGACAUCUUGGCAAAGAUUCGUCAAAAGGCUGCUAACGCCACUAACAAGCAACCCAUUUCAAGUGUAAACACAACGGUCGGAUCUGUCCAAGAAGACCAAAAUAACGACACAAGAGGACAAGUAGAUGGCAAUAAUAUAAAUAAAGGCAGAGCUCAAGAAACAGGAACGGAAGCAGAAUCUGAAGAGUCUUCAGCCGAUGACAUUAUUCUGAGAGAGAAUCAGUCGCAGCCCAUUCAGCCUGCCCACACAGAUACGCAAGCAAUAGCAACAAACAAAAUCAAUGCAGAGAUAGAAAGUGGAGCACAGACAACAGAACAUUAUAUAGAUUCAGACAUUAUGACAAAGGUACAGACAGAAAAAACAAGUCUACACACACAAACAACAGCAAUCUCUGUGACUCAGAAAGAGUUGGUCACCUCUAAUCCAACAUCAGUAACAAAUGAAAUAGUCCUAGAAUCAAAUGAGCUGCAUGGGCCAGGAUUAAACUCUAACCCAGCAAAGACCAGGGCCCACAGUGCUCAUUGGGGACUCUUACCUAAUUCUGUUCCUAACUCCCGGCCUCAAAGUCCCUGGAACUCACGCAGAAAGAUUGGACAAAGAAGACGAAUUAAGAGGCCCAGGAUUCAACCUAUGACCUGUUCUCCAUUGCUGUACGACCCCGUGACACCUAAUUUAACCACAGAUAAAACCACUCUACUGCCAGCAGUGCCAACAGCCUCACAUCGAGCCAUUAAAUUGACAGCUGGUGACCAUUUUAAGACCACCUCAAAUGGUGUGUCUCUGAAUCCUCUGCCUACGCCUUUUUCAGACACUAGUAUUUCCACUUCCAGCUUCAUAUCACCCUCACUCACUUCUUCCUCUGCCCACACACACACAAACACAGACUUUCUGACUCAUUCAGCCAAGACACCACAAACUCAAGAUUUUACUUUUAACAGCACUCCAGCACCUACUCAACCUAAUAAUGUGAUUUCAGGAACACAUGUGCCAAGCAUACUUAAUAGGACAUUUACACACAGUAUACCGACUCACACAUCAGCACAAACAACCAUAGACAAACACACUGAAAGACCCCCAAGCAGUGAAGAGCUAGAGAGCAAUGCAUUGGACGAGACCCACUUUUCAAAUGCUCACUCUUUCACUCAUUCCUUUGUCCCCGGUGCAUCUUCAKCUACCACUACUGCUGCAGAAAUCAUAACAACUCCUCCAGCUAUUCCCAAGAGAGCUGGUUAUGUUGGCUGCACUGAAAGUACAUCAACCUAUAUGGCAGGUGAGGAGACACUUCCAACAACAACCACCACAACAACAAUAAGUCCCACCACAUCUCCUUCAACCACCAUUAUCAUUCCAAUAUCCAGCACUACUAGACAGAGUUCAAAAUCUCCAAGUACUAAAUCUUCUUCUUCCUCUGCUACUUCUUCAACUGGGACCUCAACAGUGAACCCAAUUAUUUACACCACUGAGUUUACUACAAUUCUUAGCACAAGUGCGAGUAGUACUACAGAGUCUAUGAAUGAUAUUUCUAGAACUUCCAACCCCUCUACUAGAAGUACUACAUUCAUAAUUCCAACGACUACAAAAAUUAUUUCAACCGAAACUCCUCCAGUUACCACAGGUGAAAUUGCAGCUGAUACAAUUUUUAGUGUGACAACAGUGGGAUCAACGAGUACCAAAGCAUCGUUACAAAAGAUACCAAUCACUGAUCAAGCUGACCCUCAAGUAAAGCUUUUUCCUGAUACCCCAAACCAUAACCGAACUCCAACUGGCUGGAAGAACCAAGGAGCUAAUUUUAUUCCAGAUUCACACAGCAGGCCUCCUUCAUCAUCACUCCCUGCUGCUCCAGCGGCUCCAGCUCUAAGAUCCAGACCACGCAUUGCAAAUCCACAUGUCAGGACAGUAUCUUUGCCAGUGAACAGCACUGCCUGGCUGACCUGUGAAGCUGAAGGAGACCCAAAACCCUCCAUCACAUGGACCAAGACUGCCACAAGAGCAGUGAURUCAAUCCACUCCAGGGCUCAGCGUUUUGAGGUCUUGCCAAACGGCACCCUUGUUAUCCAGAAUGUUCAGCUGCAGGACAGGGGCACAUAUAUUUGCAGUGCGACCAGCUUCCUGGGUCGUGACAGGUUGCUCACUACCCUGGAUGUCUGGACCCGCCCUCCUCGUAUGCAGCUGGCAAGUUCCAGAGAAGUAACCAUUCAUCAGGGUGGAGACGUUCACUUGGAAUGCCAAGCAGAUGGUGUUCCAACCCCGCUGCUCUCCUGGGUUCUGCCUGAUCGUUCCACUCUAACCUCUGCCGUCACCUCCUCCAGUCGAAUCAACGUGGAUGCAAACGGAACUCUUCACAUCCCAAUGAUUUCACCCAGUGAUCGAGGAGUGUAUCGCUGUGUGGCGUCCAACUCGGCUGGUGCAGCCAGUGCUUCGGUGCGUGUACACGUGUCUUCGUUGCCCCCAGUGAUACAACAACCCAAGGAGGAACACCUGCUCUUCUCUCUGGGGAGGCCUGUUUAUGCACACUGCUCUGCCCGAGGAGCCCCACCACCAGCUCUGCGUUGGCGAAUCCCAGAUGGGACCCUUGUGCGUCCAUCCCAAUUCCUUCACGGCAACCUCUUUGUCUUAACCAAUGGGACGCUGCAUAUUCGCAAAGUUGGGCCAAAAGAUGCAGGGAGUUAUGAGUGCACAGCCAGUAAUGCUGUAGGGACCUCUAAGAGAACAGUGUGGGUAAAAGUUGAAGAGUUUGCAAAACAAGGAGAAGUGAGAAUUGAAGGCAUGAAAGACAAAACAGCAUCUAAUUCAUCUUCUUUCAACAAAGACAAAACAUUGGUCAUCCCCAACCACCCCUCAGAUCCAUUCGACUCCAGGAAAAUCUCCCCUGUACAUCCCUCUGACAGAUCUAGGAACUUGUCGAUCAGCCCAAGCCCUUUUAACUCUUCCUCUAACUCACCUCCUAAAAUCAAUAAAACAGUAAAAGCUUACCCUUCACACUUUCCCAACAUCAAAAAAGCAAAUCCCUCCUCUGUUUUCUCACAGUCCACUGUGCCAACAUAUAACAGUAAAGUCUYGCACAGUAUAAACAGUACAAGAGUUCUUUCUCUCCCAGCAGACAGAAAGGUCUCAUCUGGUUUGCAGCCGGUGCCUGUCUCCCCUUUCACUAAAGCCCAUAUUGUCUCAACAUCACCCUCCACCUCCACUGUCAACUAUGGGGGAGUUUUAAAGCUUUACUGCUCUGUAACUGGCAACCCCACCCCCAACAUUAUCUGGAGGACCCCAGGAAAGAAACUAGUAGACACACAAUACAGCUUUGAUCGGCGUCUGAAGGUGCAUCCAAACGGCACACUGUUGGUCCAAACAGUAACAGAGAAAGAUGGUGGAGACUACCUGUGCAUCGCACGCAAUAAGGUUGCAGAUGAUUAUCGACUUUUGCACGUGAAUGUGGCAACCAGGCCUGCAAAGAUCGAGCCAAAACAAUCUCUUAAUCAUUUGGUGUCAUUUGGGAAAUCACUGAAGAUGGACUGCCAGGCAUCUGGCCUGCCUCCUCCAGCUGUGCGUUGGAGCCUACCAGAUGGAACCAUGGUUAGCAGUGUGGAAAACAAUAGGAAUCGACCACAGAAACUAACUGUGUUUGAUAAUGGGACAUUAUUGGUUCCAGUUGUAGGCGUGGGAGAAGAAGGCAUUUAUAUAUGCUAUGCUGAAAACCAAGCAGGUCAAGACACCAUGAAGGUCAAAGUAAAGACUGUGAAGACAGCUCCACCAACCUUUGCCGAUGGCAAAAGCCACAGUUUCAUCAAAGUACGCCAGGGAGAAACUGUCACAAUUCCCUGCUGGGCCAGGGGAGAUCCUGCACCAACGGUGUCGUGGUUUUCCCCAGCACGUCGUGUCAUCCCACAGAGUUUAGGAUUUGACUAUUAUUCUGAGCGAAUUGCUGUGGUUUCAGAUGGAACCCUCAAGGUGCGUUCAGCCCAAAAGACAGACGCAGGAAAUUAUACAUGUCAAGCAAGGAACUCAGCUGGGGUGAGAAACUUUGUGGUAAGCCUGCAAGUUGAGCCCUUUACACAUGGACCACGUGAGCAAGUGUCAGAACAAAGUUGGAGAAUUAACCGUGAACAUGAGCGCAGCCAUGACACUCGAUCAGGAGACGUCACUGACAGCAAACCAAUCAUCAAGCAUGCAUCUACUAGUGGGAUCACAAACAAGCCAGGCGGCAAUAAUGGUAGAAUUCAAAAUGUGGUACAAAACACUGAUGUAAAUGUAAUACUCAGUGGCUCUAAUCCUGGCUUGAGAAGUUAUCAUCAGAAUGGAUUCAAGAGUCCUGUGGGUGGAUUUACAACUCAGCUAGGUGGGAUCAUUGCUGGGCCAAACAGAGCACAAAGUGUCGGCACUAAAGUAGAUACCAGUGAAACAAACAAAAACAAACCUAGCAUAUUGAGUCAAAGUAAUAGUUUAGGUUACAGUCAAAAUACGUUAAAAGAAAAUGGUGGUGACAGAGAUCCUGGAGCAAACAAUUAUGAAAUCACUGCAGGAAGAACCAAAAAUGAUGCUAACGUCAACAGAUACAACAACAGAUUAAGUAUUUCAAGAAGUGUUGAAAGCUUUAGCAGUAGUUUGUCAAAUAGUGGAGCUGGUAGUACAGUUGCAGGACAUGGUUUUAGUGAGAAUAGUAAUUUAGGAGGGAAUAGUGACAGUAGAAGAAACAGUGAUGGUAUAAGUGGUAGUUCUGGUGCAGCUCAGGGUGUGGUAACAAUAAUCAAGCAGCGAGCGAUUAAAGACCAGACAGUUCUUCUACCAUGCCCAUCCCAAGGGUUUCCUGCACCUCGUCUGUCCUGGCUUCUUCCAGGAAACGGCAUGCUGCCAGCUCCUUACUAUGGCAGUCGACUCACUGUGCACCGAAACGGCUCUUUGGAGCUGCGGGGCCUACGAGUGGAUGACGGUGGUACUUUUCUUUGCGUAGUGAAAAGUGAAAAAGAGGAAAUGCUGAUCCGGGUGGAGCUGGAGGUAUCGGAGCCACAAGUGGAUACAAGGUCUCCACAAGAGGGAGCCGUGGAGAAAAAAUCACAAGCAGGUGUUCCAUUAAAUCCACCUCAAUCCUCAAGACCAGUGCCGCCUCUGCCRCACCUGCAGAAGAGCUUCAGUUUGUUUGAGUAUCCUCGUCCUGUAAACUCUUUACCAUCCAGGAGCUUGAUCUCUGAGCCCACAGUGAGCACCAGAACAGCCCCGCUAGUGAGCACCAUUAAUGGAGAAACCCUCAGAUUGCCUUGUCCCACUACUCAAACCCAGGUCUCGUUUUUAUGGACAACACCCGGUGGCAAGGUUCUAUCCAGGGGUGAAAAUGRAGACUCGGGUCGUUUCACAGUGCAUGAAGAUGGAACACUAAUUAUUAAAGACACCUCUGUGUUUGACAGAGGCAGCUACACUUGCAAAGUCUCCAGUCAGGACUCGGUAUCUGUCCUCACAGUUCCGGUCAUUGUUAUUGCCUACCCUCCCCGCAUCACAAAAGGCCCCUCUCCUGUGACCUACACCAGUCAAGGUGUUGCUGUGGAGCUGCCCUGCCUGACUAUAGCGACACCACGGGCCACAGUAACCUGGGAAACACCGGACSUGGUACAGCUGAGGGUGAUGGGUCAGCCUCGGAUUUAUGGCAACCGCUAUCUGAGUCCUCAGGGCUCUUUGGUGAUCCAGAACCCGACACACAGGGAUACAGGGUUUUACAGAUGCACUGCCAAAAACGUAAUUGGAGUGGACAACAAAGCAACCUACCUUCAUGUUAUGUAAAUGGGACAAAGCAAACAGAGACACAUUAAUCCAUCUAAGCAUGAACAUGAGAAACAGAAAUUCCACUAUUUCYGUUAAAUGAACUCUUCCUGUUUUGCUCAUACCCAAAGGAUCWGCAAAGCUCUGCCCCCAAAUGACUGCUGAAUCAUAGGAACACCAUAAAUAAAAAUGUGCUAUGUACGUAUGUUUUUAAUGUAUAAUACUGUCAAUACUGUAUCAUAUAGACAAUAAUUCAAAAGAUGUUCUGCAGAUACACUGUUGUGCAUUUUUCUCUGCAUAAACAGGGAACUAUUGGAAAAAAUGUUUAUUUGCAAAUUCAACUUUUUUUGUGCCAUACUAUUUAAUUAAGUGGUGCUCAUUUCAUGAWUGCCUCUAACCCUUGAAGUCUCUAAUUUAUAUAGGGAUCAACUGAAUUUUUCCUCUUUGCUUAUACAGGCUUUGCAUCUAUGCCUUGUUGCAAAAUGUUUGAACURGGUUGUCAGAUUAAAAUGAUCAUCUCGAUGAUCUGAAAACAUUACUUUCAUUUGAGUAUUUAAUGAUCUUAAAGCAGAACCCUUAAAAUUUGAAGCCCCAUGUAAAGGGUUAAAUAUCAAGUGCUAAGAUUGAAACUGCAACAUGUUUCUAUCUGCGCUUUAAAUAAUAAUAAUAAUCUGUUCUCUAAACCACUAUGCUUUCUAUUUGUCUUGGAGCCACUGAGUGCUCUAAACACWCAGCAUCAAACAGCAAGGUCAUUUUUGUCUGACAAAUCUCUGCAUCCACAAAUGUAUUCAACUUGAUCAGAUAAAUGAGAAUAUAUUUUGUUUUGAUCUGAAGUGAGUAAAAGGGUUUUCUUUUGUUAGAUGCAAAAUAGAAAAAAAAAGAAAAAAGAAAUGUGUGGUUUAGAGGUGUCUUUUUGACCUCGGUGAGCGUAAACUGUAAAACAAAUGAGCACAUUUGUAGUAUUCCACUCAUAUGAAUACAUUUUUGACAAACAGAAAUUUGGAGGACUUUGAGGUUAGGAGUUAUGCAUUACAAAGACUUCUUUGUGACUUUCAAGGCAUUGCAUCACAUUUCAAGUUCUCGGAGUAAUAAUGGGGCAGAAUUAAUAUGGAAGAAUUAAUAGAACCAUAUGGUUAGUCAAGUUUUUGAAGAGUCAUCCUAAUAGUUUUAUUAUUAUUAUUAUGUGUUUGUUGGCUUGUCUAACAGACAAUUUGUUUUUUUAAUGUUUUAUUGUUCUUUAACUUAUUUCUCUUGUAAAAACUCACUUAUGUUGCCUGUUUUUGUACUAAAGGGAGAACUUAUUUGCAUUUGUUUUGUAUACUUUUUAUCACACUGCGAUGAAUAUUUGCUUUGUAUUUGAGCAAAAAAAAUCAUUUUUAUUUAAGAACAUAAAUAAAACUGAKUGUUUACUCAUGAAAA